CAAUUGUGGUGAUAAUAAUUAUUGGCGAAGACUUUUGUUGAAAAUUUCCCGCUUGUUGCAAUGAACGUGACAAUAUAGUACAAGGACAAUUGCAUAAUGUACAGGGGCAAUUUAUUCGUAGUCGAUGUUUCGCGUCUAAUUAUGCGUGUGCGCUAGAAUGAGCUACAUUUUUAUGUUCGUCUUUUUCAAAAUUAUUUGCGCGCAAUUAACGAAUUGUCCUCAAGAGCACGUGAGAUUUGAAAAAAUAAUAGGAUUGCGACCUUCGAACGAUGUUGAUGGUUAUCUAUUGUACAAACGUAAAAUUUACGAGCCGGUCACGCUGGAGUGUCUAUCAAAAUGUGCCUCGAACGAAAAUUGUUUCAGUUUUGUGAUUUUGUACAACAUCUCCGAGUGCUACUGGUACAAUGUAAAUAUUCGUGGAUUACAAGAGACCGAGAACAUACUUGAUCCCAAUGUGGUUUGGUUCGAGAAAACUUGCCUUGAUACCAACUGCAGUAAACUUUGGAUAUUUGAGCGCGUCCCCGGUGCCGUUUUAAUUGGAAACGAUAUCGUAACGGUUCCGAAGGUGAUGACCAGAAAUGAGUGUCAACAAAACUGCCUUAAUUAUACCACCUGUAGAUCGGCGUCGUUUCGCAUCAGUAACGACGUUAAUUCCACAAAUACAUUGGGCACGUGCACUUUGAGCGAAAUGGAUCGGCAUCUGAUGCCAAAUUCGUUUCGAGCUGCCAGCUACGAAGAGGAGUAUUUUGAGAAUCAGUGCGUGCAAGACAAAACAAACGCAUUUUGCGCAUAUGAAGAAUACGACAACGUGGUAUCGACACAAGCGGAUAUUAAAUAUUAUAACGUGACGAAAAUGCAAUGUGAGAAGUUGUGUGACGGGAUUACUUCUUUUAAUUGCCGAGGGUACAGCUUAAUCCCAUCCGCCUCCACCAACCACAUUUGCCUAAUUCACAGUGGGAACAGCAAAGUACACGGGCCAAGGCUGCUGACUUCUCUAACGGGGGCAUAUUUUUUCGAAAAAGCACGAUGUCUUAACAUUACAGUGGCUUGCACAGAAACACAUAUAACACUUAGGUACUGGCCCGAAUUGCCUUUUAACGGAAAGGUAUACAUGAACGGCUACUCCGAAAACGUGCAAUGCUACGUCAAAGGCAGGGGUAUGGAAGAAGUGGUACUAAAGAUGCCACUAUUUAGAAACGAGUGUGGAAUCAUGAAAGCGAUCACUAUCAACGCAAACCGUACCUUGUUCUCAGGUACAAUGCUCCUGCAAUACAAUCCACUUAUUCAAACGCAAGGCGAUCGUGUUAUAAAAAUCGGCUGUAUAUUUACCAACAAUACUAAAAUUGUGCUGGGGACAGGAGUCAAUUUUGCCAACUCAUCCUACCCAAAUCACGGGACGUCAAUUAUCAACACCACAACUAUACAACCGACUGUUGAAAUGAGAAUUGUGGAUUUCUAUACCAAAAAAGAGGUAUCUGCUACACAAAUCGGUCAAGAGUUGGAACUCACCAUCGAGCUACACCCUCCAGAUGGUGCGUACGAUAUAUGGGCGACUCAUUUACUGGCAAUGACCGAGAAUGGGGACGAUUCCAUUUUACUUAUAGAUGACCAGGGCUGUGCGACAAAUCCGGCCAUCUUUCCAAAUUUAGUGAAAAUUUACAAUAACGAAACUAGAAGACUAGUUGCCAACUUCAACGCCUUCAAAUUUACAACGUCGUCUAUUAUACGUUUUAGCAUUAUUGUGCAGUUCUGCCCCACUUAUUGCACUCCGCCAAACUGCGCCACCGGUCGAGAUCUCGGGACUAAGGUACGACGAGAAAUUAUGGGAACAAUGGCGGAUGUGAAGGAAGUAAAUAAAAAUCAAUUCGAUAAUGAUAACGUUACGCAAAUGCCUUUGGAGUUUGUUUUACUUGUACGCAAUGCCAAAAUCACCUCGAAUCAACUGGUUUACGAUGAUAACCGGAAAAUUUUAAUUGCCGGAUAUGAUCUGUCCACAGAUGAAAUUUGCAUCGAUUUUUCUCUAACAAUUGGCAUUAUUGUUACGUGGAUUACCAUACAAAUUAUACUACUGACUUGCGGCAUACUAAUGAUACGAAAAUACAAAAAUUACUACCGACAAGGCAAAACGCAAUCCUUAGAAAGCUUGCAUAGCAAUUUCGGCAUGCGCUUCGCCAAUCUCGGAAAUCGGCGUGUCCGUUGGGCAGACAGUGGAAGCUACACAUAAUUUUUUACUUUAUUGUUAACCUAAUGCUACAGUAUUAAAUAUUAAGUCACGUUUUA